AUGCGAUUGAAUUGUCUCCUGCAAUUCCAGAUCCGAAAGUUUCACAGAUCCAGCUUCAUGGCCCAAUCAGCGAGUGCCGGCCCUGCAAAGAAACUUAUUCAAAUUGAUGUUAGUGCAGACACCGUAUGCCCAUGGUGCUUUGUGGGGAAAAAGAAUCUGGACAAAGCUAUAGCUUCAUCAAAUAAUCAAUACAAUUUUGAGAUUAAAUGGCACCCCUAUUUUCUUAAUCCUUCUGCGCCCAAGGAAGGAGUUGUUAAGAAGGACUAUUACAGGAGUAGGUUUGGACCGCGAGUUGAACAAAUGGAGUCCCGGAUGGCUGAGAUCUUUAAGGGUUUUGGAUUGGAAUAUGACGUGGACGGACUAACGGGAAAUACUCUGGAUAGCCAUAGGUUAAUAUAUUUUGCUGGACAACAAGGGCCAGAUAAGCAACAUAAACUUGUUGAAGAACUUUGCCUUGGUUACUUUACACAGGGAAAGUAUAUAGGUGACAGGCAAUUUCUUGUGGAAUCUGCAAGAAAGGUAGGACUGGAAGGGGCAGCUGAGUUUCUCGAAGAUCCAAACAAUGGACUGAAGGAGGUUAACGCAGAACUUCAGAAGUACUCAGCAAAUAUAAGUGGAGUCCCAUAUUAUGUGAUAAAUGGGAAGUACCAAUUGAGUGGAGGCCAACCACCCGAAACCUUCCUGAGAACUUUUCAAACGGCUGCAAGCAAAUAA